AUGGAUUUUGUAACAUGUGCAUUACUCCUCCUGUUGACAUGUGCAACCAUUCAUGCUCUUGCUAGAACAAGAAAACCAAAACCAAAGCUUCCACCAGGGCCUUCACGCCUUCCAAUCAUUGGAAACCUCCUUGAACUUGGGCAAAUGCCACACCAGUCUUUGGCCAAGCUUGCAGAGAUUCAUGGUCCUGUGAUGAGUCUCAAGCUAGGUAAAAUAACCACUGUAGUCAUUUCCUCAGCUGAGAUGGCCAGAGAAGUGCUCCUAACACAUGAUCAAUUCUUGUCAAACAGAACCAUUCCCCAAUCUGUGUCAGUUCUCAACCACGAACACUAUAGCCUUGCCUUCAUACCCGUUUCUCCUCUUUGGAGAGACUUGAGGAAAAUAUGCAACGGUCAACUAUUUGCACACAAGACUCUUGAUGCAAGCCAAGACGUGAGACGCAAGAAAGUGCAACAACUCCUCGGUGAUGUUCAAAAAAGCAGCCAAAUUGGUGAAGCAGUAGAUAUUGGAAGAGAAGCAUUCAAGACCACUAUUAAUUUGUUAUCAAACACCAUUUUCUCUGUGGAUUUGGUUCGGUCUGCAGGUACAGCAGGAGAGUUCAAGGACUUGGUGACAAACAUCACAAAACUUGUUGGAUCACCAAACAUAGCAGAUUUUUUCCCUGUGCUGAAGAAGAUUGACCCGCAGGGUGUUAAAAGAAAACAAACAAAGAAUGUUGCUGAGGUUUUGGACAUCUUUGACAACUUAAUUAGGCAACGGUUGAAGCUGAGGGAAAGCUCAGGCUCUGACACACACAAUGACAUGUUAGAUGCCCUGUUAAACAUUUCUAAAGAGAAUGAGAUGAUGGACAAAACAAUGAUUGAACAUUUGGCACAUGAUCUGUUUGUUGCGGGAACUGAUACAACAACUUCAACACUUGAAUGGGCAAUGACUGAAUUAGUACUCAACCCAGAGAUCAUGUCAAAGGCGAAAAAAGAGCUUGAAGAAAUGAUAGGCAAAGGUAAACCAGUUGAAGAAUCAGAUAUUUCUAGACUCCCUUACUUGCAAGCAAUCAUAAAAGAGACUUUUCGCUUGCACCCUCCUGUUCCUCUUUUACUCCCUAGAAAAGCUGCAAAAGAUGUGGACAUAAGUGGCUUCACUAUCCCAAAGGAUGCACAAGUACUAGUUAAUGUGUGGACAAUUGCUAGGGAUCCAACCUUAUGGAAGAAUUCAACUUUGUUCUCACCAGAGAGGUUCCUAGAGUCAGAGAUUGAUAUCAAAGGUCAUAAUUUUGAGCUUGCACCAUUUGGUGCUGGGAGAAGAAUAUGCCCUGGCAUGAUGUUAGCUAUUAGAAUGUUGCUCUUGAUGUUGGGUUCACUAAUCAACUCAUUUGAUUGGAAGCUUGAAGAUGGCAUGAAACCAGAAGAUAUGGACAUGGAAGAAAAAUUUGGAAUUACCUUACAAAAGGCCACACCCCUUCGAGUUGUUCCUGUUAAUUUAAGUAACUAA